CAUGGGCUAAUUCGACGCCUUGUCCCGGAUCGGAGUCAGAGAUUCCUGGGUGAUUACCCGGCACAGCGCGCUAAUCCAAAUCCAAUUAUUGAUGGGUGGUGGAGUCCCGUCUCUAUAUACCCCGCGCCGCGCCUGCCUUUCCCAGCUUUCGCCCAGGACAAGUCGCCCGCUGCUGCCUGCUGGCUGGUUGUUGCUCUCGCAGCCCUCUCUGAUCCUGGUCUCUCGGAACCUUCCCGCAUGGUGACCGCGGCCGCCUCCGACUGCAGCAUGCUCAGCUUCGCAUUGGCCCCCUCGUCGUCCGGCCACCGCGCGUCCUGCUCCUGCCGCCGCCGGCCGUGACCCGCCCGCGCCCGCGCGUCACCAGCUGGUCUCGUCGCCUCGACCGCUCGGAGCCGAGCUGUUCCGGCGACCGGUGCUCUCGCGCCGCGCGCGACGAACGAACGAUGCCUCCUCUAGCGCCGCCGGCGCUAGGCGACAAGGGCGGCGGCUCGCGCGGCAGGCAGCGGCAGGAGGCGGCGGCGGCGGGGGCGGGGGCGGAUCGGCAGCGGUCGGCGUCGUUCCACGGCCGCGGCGUGGACCAGCGGCACCAGCUGCAGAAGCAGAGGCCCAAGACGAUGCCGGACCUGCUCGCCGGCGUGAGGGGGGCGAGCUUCCGCUCCGGGUCCCCGCCCCCGCGCGCCGGCGGCGAGGCCGGGCUGGUGAGGACGCCGAGCAAGGUGCUGGUGAGCGUGGCCGUGCAGCGCAGCCUGUGGCCGCUGCACGUCAUGGCGUCCGCCGAGUGGACCGUCGCCGACCUGGUGGCGGCCGCCGUGGCGCUCUACGUCAAGGAAGGCCGCCGGCUGCUGCUGCCGUCCGCCGACCCGGCCGCCUUCGGACUCCACUACUCCCAGUUCAGCUUGGAGAGUCUGGACCCAAAGGCGAAGGUUAUGGAACUGGGCUCCAGGAGUUUCUUCCUGUGCCCCAAAUCUUCAGCUGCCGGUCAGGCUGCUCCAUCGUCGUCCUCUAAUGGAGCAAGCGAGGCCAGCACAGUGGUGUCAGGGAACGCACCGGCUUGGCUGAACUAUAUGCAAUUCUGGCCGAUGAUGUAAUCAGCUAGCACCCCCAGCACCACCUUCCAUCCAUAGUGAGAAAGCGUCUGAUGUCCUGUAUUUUUAGGAACUAGGUCCAAAAGAAUCUCCUAGUUUGCAUUCGUGAGACAGGUGGCUACAAGAACAUUGUAAAUGUGUAACGUAUAAGGUUCAAAGGAUGAGACUACAGUGAGUGUGUAGCUAUCUAAGGUGCAUGUGCGAUUGUGCCAAAAGCCUGUGCCUCAUGUUACAUCCCACAUUCAGAAACAUAUCAAUUUUUGUGUAAUUAGAACAGUUUUAGUGGAAAAAAAUGCUGUUGUUAUCUUAUGUAAAUUAACUAUUGUUUGUACAUCUGCAUACAGCAAAGAAAAAAAGCCAUGGCACAGCCG